GACUCGGCUGUGCAGCACGUGACACAACACCGACGUGAGCGCUAGGAGGAGUCCCGUCCUCAUUUUUGAAAAAUGCUCGUCUGUGUUUCGUCAGUUUUGUUGACGUUGCUCUGGCGUGCUGCGCAUGUUCACUGCACCCAUGUUUGCCUGCUCUUUAAAUACAUUAUAACAGUCUGUUUUUGCGUCUUUAAAAUUUGGUGCACAUUCACUAACGUCCAAACUCUUUGUUGAAUUAUGUAUUAACAGGGGUGGGGUUCAGUUUUACUACAUAUACGUACAAGUAUACUAUAUUUAAAUGCACACAAAGUACAAAUGUGUCUUUCUCGGUGAACAUAAUUUAUACAUUUAAUGUUAGUCAGUAAUUCGGAUUAUCUGCGACCACGACAUUUAAAAUAGAUAAAAACGUGCAUGCAAAACAGCACCAAAAUGAAGUACACUUUAUAAAAAAUAUAUUUAAGUGAACGUUUGAAUGGGUGCUAGGCGUCUCCUCCCUCUGUCUCUCUAGUUGUUUUCACCAUCGUGCGUCGAUACGCAGACCGAACGCUUUGCGACAUCAAAGUACCGCGAGAAACAUCUAAGAGCCCUGUUUUUUGAUUGCUCUCGCGGUAUUCCGGUGUCAUACGUCAAUCAGUCUGCGCAAUCGCGCAUGAAGUCUAACACGCCUUCACUCUACCCGCCCUCAGAGGCGUUUCAAAGCCAGAAGAGUAAUGACUAAAUAUCGGACCCAGCUGAUGAAGACCGUCCUUAAUUUAUAAGAAUAUUGUCCUGUCUUCCAUCUCUACUAUAGCAGCUAAAUAGAUCAAACAGAAAGCAGCCAUGGGGGAUGACAGUGAAUGGAUGAAGUUACCCAUAGACCAGAAAUGCGAACACAAGAUUUGGAAAGCCAGAUUAAAUGGAUACGAGGAAGCCCUGAAGCUUUUCCAGAGAAUAGAAGAUGAGAAGAGUCCAGAAUGGGGCAAAUACCUGGGACUUACCAAAAGAUUUGUAACCGAGUCCAAUGCCGUAGCACAACUUAAAGGCUUGGAGGCAGCACUCGCAUAUAUUGAGAAUGCACAUGUGGCUGGCAGAACAACAGGGGAAGUGGUUUCUGGCGUGGUCUGCAAAGUCUUCAAUCAGCCCAAAGCUCGGGCUAAAGAGCUGGGGAUGGAUAUCUGCCUUAUGUAUAUAGAGAUCGAGAAGGCGGAAGUCGUCCAAGAUGAGUUGAUCAAAGGAUUGGAAAACAAAAACCCUAAAAUUGUUGUUGUCUGCAUUGAAACGUUACGGAAAGCGCUUUGUGAGUUCGGAUCAAAGAUCAUAACACUGAAGCCUGUAGUAAAAGUUUUGCCAAAACUGUUCGAGUCUCGAGAAAAGGCAGUUCGAGACGAGGCCAAAUCACUCGCUGUGGAAAUCUAUAGGUGGAUCCGUGAUGCUCUGCGACCUCCCCUCCAAAACAUCAACUCUGUACAGCUGAAAGACUUGGAGGAAGAAUGGGUGAAGCUGCCAACCUCACCUCCGAAGCAGACCCGGUUCUUGCGUUCCGAACAGGAUCUGAAGGCCAAGUUUGAGAAGCAGCAAGCUGCUGGAGGAGACGAAGCAGAUGGUGAGGCUGAUGAGGAGACCGAAGUUCAGGUGGAUGCUUAUGAGCUCUUGGAAGCCGUUGAGAUCCUUUCAAAACUUCCCAAAGACUUCUAUGACAAAAUUGAAGCUAAGAAAUGGCAGGAGAGGAAGGAAGCAUUGGAGGCGGUGGAAACCUUGACAAAGAACCCAAAACUAGAGAAUGGAGACUAUGGGGACCUGGUUCGAGCACUUAAAAAGGUUAUUGGUAAAGAUGCCAAUGUGAUGCUAGUGACCUUGGCAGCUAAAUGUCUGGCAGGAUUGACAACAGGACUGAGAAAGAAGUUUGGUACAUAUGCGGGUCAUGUGGUGCCAACCAUUCUGGAGAAGUUUAAGGAGAAGAAACCUCAGGUUGUACUGGCCUUACAAGAGGCCAUCGAUGCAGUCUUCCUAACUACAACCCUACAAAACAUCAGCGAGGAUGUUCUGGCGGUGAUGGACAACAAGAACCCUUCCAUCAAGCAACAGGCUUCGCUUUUCCUGGCCAGAAGCUUCCGUCACUGCACCCCAAGUACAUUGCCAAAAAGCGUUCUGAAACCCUUCUGCGCAGCGUUCCUCAAGCAAGUGAACGAUUCUGCCCCAGAGGUCAGAGAUGCUGCUUUUGAGGCUUUGGGGACUGCCAUGAAGGUGGUGGGGGAGAAAGCCGUCAACCCGUUCCUGGCAGAAAUUGACAAACUCAAGUUGGACAAGAUAAAAGAAUGUGCAGAUAAAGUGGAGCUUGCUGGAGGAAAGAAAGGUGGUGCGGGUGGAGGAGGAGGAUUGAAGAAAGAGAAGCCGGCUGCGAAAGCACCCCCACCCGCUGAAACCCCUGCCAAACCAUCCGGCCCUCCUAAGAAAGCUCCUCCAGCAAAGGCUUCUGGGCCACCCAAGAAGGGCAAACCUGCUUCUGCCCCCAGUGGCAAGUCUAAGAAGGCUCCAGAAAUGAAGGAAACCAUAGAGACGGAGCUAUCUACGGAAGUAUGUGAGGAGAAGGCGGCUGCUGUGCUCCCAGGUUCCUGUAUGCAACUGCUCGACAGCGCCAACUGGAAAGAAAGACUUGCUAGCAUGGAAGAGUUUCAGAGAGCUGUGGAGCAGAUGGAUAAAUCUGAAAUGCCAUGUCAGGCUCUGGUCAAAAUGUUGGCUAAGAAACCUGGAUGGAAAGAGACCAACUUCCAGGUCAUGCAAAUGAAGUUGCACAUUGUGGGUCUGAUCGCGCAAAAGGGCUCGUUCUCAAAGACGUCUGCUUUGGUUGUUUUGGAUGGUCUGGUUGAUAAGAUCGGAGAUGUGAAGUGUGGAAGCAAGGCCAAAGAGGGUCUGACUGCGAUUGGCGAGGCUUGUUCUCUGCCAUGGACUGCGGAACAGGUGGUCUCACUGGCUUUUGCUCAGAAGAAUCCUAAAAAUCAAGCAGAGACACUCAACUGGUUGGCCAAUGCCAUGAAGGAGUUCGGAUUUGCUGGAAUAAAUGUGAAGGCAUUCAUCAACAACGUUAAAACCGCCCUGGGUGCCACAAAUCCUGCUGUGAGGACAUCAGCGAUCACUCUCUUAGGAGUCAUGUACUUGUAUAUGGGAGCUCCACUCCGCAUGUUCUUUGAAGAUGAAAAACCAGCCCUGCUUUCACAAAUCGAUGCAGAGUUUGAAAAGAUGCAGGGUCAGACUCCUCCUGCCUCCAUCCGCGGCAGCAAAAAAGCGGGAACUGAAGAGGAGGGAGAAGAGGCAGAUGAAGAGCAGGUUGAUGGUGGAGCUGGAGACAUCAUGGAUCUGUUACCUAGAACUGAUAUCAGUGAUAAAAUCACGUCAGACAUGGUGUCAAAAAUCGAAGACAAGAAUUGGAAGGUCAGGAAGGAAGGCCUUGAUGAGGUUGCCGCUGUCAUUUCCGAGGCUAAGUUCAUCCAGGCUAGCAUCGGCGAGCUGCCCUUGGCACUGAAGGGCCGUCUUAAUGACUCAAACAAACUACUGGUCCAGCAAACCUUGACUAUCCUACAGCAGAUAGCAACUGCUAUGGGUCCAUCUCUCAAACAGCACGUCAAGCACUUGGGAAUUCCAGUUAUCACUGUCCUCGGAGACAGCAAAGCCAACGUUCGCGCUGCUGCCAUGGCGACGCUGAACGCCUGGGUGGAGCAGACAGGGAUGAAGGAGUGGCUUGAAGGAGAGGACCUGUCCGAGGAGCUGAAGAAGGAGAACCCCUUCCUCAGACAGGAGUUGUUGGGCUGGCUGGCUGAGAAACUGCCCACCAUGCGUGCGGUGCCUGCAGACCUCAUGCUGUGUAUUCCCCACCUGUUCACCUGCCUUGAAGACCGUAGCGGCGACGUGCGCAAGAAGGCUCAGGACGCCCUUCCCACCUUCAUGAUGCACCUGGGCUAUGAAAAGAUGAACAAAGCUACCAGCAAACUCAAGCCGGCCUCAAAGGACCAGGUGGUUGGCAUGCUGGAGAAGGCCAGGGCCGUGAUGCCUGCCAAAGCUGCAGCUCCUGCCAAAGCUGCAGCUUCUAAACCCGCACCCAGUGCCCCUGCUGCCAAACCAGCUUCAGCUCCUGCCAGGAACCAGACUCCCAGUGAAGACUUCAGUGAACCGGAACCUAAAGCAGACCCAAAGAAAGCGAAAUCAGCAGGUCCUGCAGCUAAAAAGGGUGUUGUGGGUAAGAAAGCGCCGGUCAAGGCUGGUGCGAAGGAAGAGGAAGAUAAAUCUGGACCCAUUUACAUCCUCGUUCCUAAUGGCAAAGAGCAGAGGGUGAAGGAAGAGAAAGGUUUGAAGAUUCUGAAGUGGAACUUCAUGACUCCUCGUGACGAAUACGUGGAACAGCUGAAGACUCAAUUGUCAACAUGUUUGCCCAAGUGGCUACUGGAGGAGCUCUUUCACUUCGAUUUUCAACGUCAUGUUAAAGCCAUCGGUGCCAUGAUCGAGCACAUGGAACCAGAGUGUGAAGCUGUGAUAAGCUGUCUGGACCUGGUGUUGAAGUGGUUCACGCUCAGGUUCUUUGACACCAACACCAGUGUGUUGAUGAAAGCUUUGGAGUUCCUGAAGCUGCUCUUCAUCAUGCUGAGCAGGAAGAACUACCAACUCAACGACUACGAGGCCUCGUCUUUUAUUCCCUACCUGAUCCUUAAGGUCGGGGAGUCAAAGGAUGUGGUGCGCAAAGACGUACGUGCCAUUUUGACAAUGCUGUGUAAAGUUUACGCAGCCAGUAAAGUCUUCCCCUUCCUUAUGGACGGGACCAAAUCCAAGAACUCCAAACAGAGAUCUGAAUGUCUCGAGGAGCUCGGGUGCCUGAUAGAAAACUUUGGCAUGAAUGUGUGUCAGCCGACUCCAGGCAAGGCCCUUAAAGAAAUCGCUGUUCACAUUGGAGAUCGUGACACCACGGUCCGCAACGCUGCGCUCAAUACUGUCUUGGCUGCUUACAACGCCUGCGGUGACCAAGUUUUCAAACUCAUCGGCAAUCUUUCAGAGAAAGAAAUGAGCAUGCUCGAGGAACGAAUCAAACGCUCUGCUAAGAAGUCCCCCGCGGCCCCGCCCAAACAGGAGCGAGUCCAGAAAGAACAACCCACCAAUCCCAACGCCACUUUUCUCCGCAAACCUGCACAGGAGGAGGUGCCCAACAAACUCCGAAUAAUGUAUCGAACUUACAGGAUUCAAGCUCGAGCGCAAAACGCUCUGUUGGACCAGUCGGUUCCAUCCAUCCCAAAAGAGUUUCAGUUGGAUUUGGAUGUGUUUGAGAACAACCACACGUGCGCCAGCGACAUACCUGACCUGGUGCAACACAAACUGGAUGAAGUUCUGGAGCCAGUCAUGAUUCCUGAGCGCAAAAUUCGUUCGGUCUCUCCUCACUUUGACGAUAUUCACAAUAGUACCGCCUCCACUAUCAACUUUGUCAUCUCUCAAGUGGCCAGUGGAGAUAUUAACACCAGUAUCCAGGCCCUGGCACAGAUUGAUGAGGUGUUGAGACAGGCAGACAAAGCAGAAGCCAUGUCUGGGCACAUUGACCAGUUUCUCAUCGCCACCUUUAUGCAGCUGCGGCUCAUUUACAACACGCACAUGGCCGAUGAUCGCCUGGACAAAAAAGAUAUCUUUAAACUGUACAGCUGCAUUAUAGGCAACAUGCUGUCUUUGUUCUCAAUGGAGAGUUUGGCGCGAGAGGCCUCUAUUGGCGUCCUGAAGGAUCUGAUGCAUGGUCUGAUGACGCUGAUGUUGGACUCCAGAGUGGAGGACAUCGAGGAUGGGCAGCAGCUCAUUCGCUCCGUCAACCUGCUCAUGGUUCGAGUGCUUGAGAGGUCGGACCAGACCAACAUCCUGAGUGCUUUGCUGGUGCUUCUGCAGGACAGUCUUACCAGCACUGCAGGGUCCCCCAUGUUCUCGGAGCUUGUCAUGAAGUGUCUGUGGAGAAUGAUCCGUUUCCUGCCUCAGACCAUCAACAGCAUCAAUCUAGAUCGCAUCUUGCUGGACGUGCACAACUUCAUGAAGGUCUUUCCUAAAGAGAAGCUCAAACAGCUCAAGAGCGACGUUCCUCACCGGACUCUGAAAACACUGUUACACACGCUCUGUAGACUCACCGGUGCCAAGAUCUUAGAUCACCUGUCUAUGAUCGAGAAUCGCAACGAGUCUGAGCUGGAGGUGCACCUGAGGAAGGUGGUCAAACUUUUGGCAAACCUUUCUGGACACAAAUCUGAUAAGAGCACAGAGAAGGGUGCCCUCAGAUCGGAUGACAAAGUGAUCAAGGCUAACGUGAGUGACAUCCUGUCUGAAAUCUUUAAAAAGAUUGGUUCCAAGGAGAACACUAAAGAGGGUUUGACAGAGCUGUACGAGUACAAGCAGAAGUAUUCGGACGCCGACAUCGAGCCCUUCCUGAGGAACACCUCUCAGUUCUUUCAGAGCUAUGUGGAGCGAGGGCUUCGCAUGAUCGAGUCAGAGCGGGAAGGCAAAGGCCGAAUCCCAACCUCUACAGUAAUCCCCCCACCCAGCACAGACCCCAGCUCUGUUUCCCUUAAUAAUGGAGACGAUCUGAAUGCAGCUGCCUAUUACGAGAGACUGAAGAUCUUGCGGCAACGGCGUGGCCUGGAGAACUCAACGCCAGAGGAAGAGCGACCUCCCCUAAGCUCCUUGAAACCAUCCGUGGCGUCCUGCACAGACAUGCUCCACAGCAAACUCUCUCAGUUAAAGGAGUCUCGCGAGCACUUCCAGCAGGAGCAGUCGCACUCCCACAGCCCCACCCGCUCCUCCGCCUCCAACCUCGACGACCUCAAAAAGAGGUUGGAGAGGAUCAAGAGCAAACGCCAGUAGAUGAAAGCUCAGCCUAUGUACGCUAACGCACCAGAUAGUCAACAUGUUAUUAGGCUUUCUUUCCCGAACUUCACAAUCCCCAAUGUUUUUCAGGGUAAACGUGUGCAUAGUUACGGUUAUGCGAAUAGGACAAAAAAUAACUUGAAUCUGUCUACAUUGUAUAAUAUUAAGUAAACUAAAUUUUCUGUAUGUUAGUGUUGUGCACAAUUGUUUUUGUACAUAGUGGCUUACCACAUCAGGCUUUUACGUGUCAUUUAGGAUUUCCCGUGUACAGUUUCUUUGUGCAGAAUGCUGUAAUAUGUGUAACUGAAGCAGUUUUCUUUCUUAACUGGACAUUUUAGAGAACUUGAUUUAAAAUGUCGUUUUCACUUGGUCCGUUAACUUCUAUCCGUUUGCCAUUUUUGCUGUUUUCUUUCCGCCUUUUCUCUCAAGCAAUCUUGAAGCUUUCAAAACUCUGAAGGAUUGAUUCCUUUUGUUUUAAGGAGCAUGGCAUGAAGUACUUGUUCUUAUGUAAAUAAAGGUUGCAUUACUAAA